UGGAUUUCGCGGCAGGCCCCCUGCACUUCUGAUAAUAUUCCUAUUGAUCAGAAUUAAAAAAUAGUACUUUUUAUCGUCAUAAAUAUAAAAAAAAGCAUAUUAUUGUUUCAGAUAUUAAUGUUAAACAACGAUAUCGUAUUGUUUCGUACCGAAGGGUUUUAUUCCUGGCAAUAUUCCUUAUCCUGUCAAGUGCCAUCCUGUGAACUGUCACUGUUAUUCCAUUCAGAAUCAGUCACAGUCAGUCUGUACUCAGUAGUUCACUUUGUCAGCGAGGAUGCAGAAAAUAAUUUCGACCGCGUGCCUGAUUUGUUCGUGUCGUAGAUUAUGCCAAUAAAUCGAAAAAUGGACUAUGAGUUUGACGUGGGUUUUAAAGUUAUGAUCAUAGUAUACUCCCUCUGAAUAAGUGAUAAAAGUUUGCUUUGUGUAACAAUUUUAUUUGAUACGUAGAUAGUCAAGAUCAAAUUACAGUUUUAGUAGAAUUGAUGUUCAAAAGCCUUUCAUCGGAUUGCUAUCGUAUAAAAGAAUCACAUAAUAAUUUGGAAAAUGGAUUUGGAACCAAAGGAAAACUCAGAACUACUGACUAAAGUACGUAGUGUAGAGGUGAGAAGUGCCGAGGUACCGAAGCCCGAAACAAAUGGAAAUGUGCGUGGAAAUAAUGAUGAGUUCGCUAGAGGUCCCCCUGAUGGGGGGUUCAGGGCAUAUUCUGUGCUGGUGGGCUCAUUCCUCACAAACGGCCUUCUCUUUGGUGUGAUAAAUUCAUAUAGUGUGAUAUAUACAGUGAUGUCAAAACAACUGAAGGAACAAAAGAUACCAAACUUUGAGAGCAAAGCAUCUCUGGUGGGCAGCUUGGCGAUGGGUACAACGUUCCUGCUGUCGCCGCUGUCGGGCGUGCUGACCGCGCUGAUGGGGCUGCGCCGCACUGCCGUGCUCGGUGGCACUAUCGCCGCCUCUGGCUUGCUUCUAUCCUCUUUCGCCACCAAUCACGUCGAUAUUCUAUGCUUCACUUACGGUGUCCUAUAUGGACUAGGAGCCUCUCUUGCCUACACGCCCUCGCUCGCCAUUCUCGGCCACUACUUCAAAAAAUAUCUUGGCCGCGUCAAUGGCAUCGUCACCAUAGGCAGUUCUAUUUUCACAGUCAUGAUGCCUCCUCUUAUGAAACAUCUUAUUGAAGACUACGGGCUCGACUGGAUGUUUAGAGUUCUAGCUAUAUUUACAUUUGGAAUUGCUCUUUGUGGUCUUUUAUUUAAACCUAUUCCUUUAUUGGUUAUAGAAAAACCAUUAAAGGAAGAUAACUGUACCUCACUUAUUAAAACUAUUGUGAGUGUCGAAAUUUGGAAAAAUAAGAAGUAUAGAUUGUGGGCGCUGUCGAUGCCCGUGGCACUAUUCGGAUACUUUGUACCUUACGUGCACAUAGGCAAAUUCGUUGAAACUUUCGAUAAAGUAUACAACAAUGUACCCAUACAAUGCAUAGCGGCCACUUCUGGGGUAGGAAGAUUAGUUUUCGGAUUCCUCGCGGAUAAGCCUGGUAUCGACAGAAUUCUGUUGCAGCAGAUUUCGUUUUACGUCAUAGGAAUUCUUACGAUUAUUUUGCCAUUUGUCAAUUCCUUUGCAUUUAUAAUUGUUAUUUCGUUAGGAAUGGGUGUGUUCGACGGCGCAUUUAUUGCCUUAAUUGGGCCUAUAGCAUUUGAGUUAGUUGGCGGUGCCCACGCGGCGCAGGCUAUCGGUUGCAUGUUGGGUCUGGCGGCGGCUCCGCUGUCCAUCGGCCCGCCGUUCGCAGCCUAUCUGCACGGUUUAUAUGAUUCCUAUACCUUGCCGUUCGUUCUCGCCGGCAUUUCCCCGCUGGUUGGCGCCACUCUCAUGUUUACCAUACGUCUAUAUCGCAAAACACCAAUUCAAAAACGCCAGAGCCAAGACAAGGAUGGUAGCGUAAACGGGAAAUUAUCAUCAAAUGAUAUUGAAAAACUUUCGGGAUCUGGUCCUCUUCAAAAUGGCGAUAAUCACCAUGAUCGGAUGGUUAAUACUUCUUUAUAACCAAAUCUAAAAUUUUGGCUUUAUGUAGCCGUAACAACGCAACUGCCGAAAACAUUUUAGAAAACGCAAAUGUAAGUUAUAUUUAUAUUAAUGGGUAUGCAAUACCGUAUUUGUACAAACUCGAGUUUUGUGCCAGUAGUUGUAAAUUAUUUCAGUGAUAAAAAAAGUAAAAACACAAACGUAGAUAGGUUUAAAAAAAUGUCUGCUUUAAUGGAUCAGCCGUUUGUUAAGAAUUUAAAAAAAUCGUUAUGUUCAUUGAACUUAAGUACUUACGUCCGUAUGAUACCGGCGCGGGCGCCGGGCGGGCCGCAACAUCGCGGCCGGAGAUAGCAUGUUUCUACCUCGCUUACCAUACGAGUAUGUGCAUAUACCACGUUUGAUAUUAUACACUUUGUUGUAUGAUAACAAGGCAUAAAAUUUAAUUAGAUUUCAAAUGUAGUUUUUGCAGAUACAUGUGGAGGCAGAUUUACAUAGCUAACACCUCACGUACUUCAAUAUUUUCCACUUUAUAUGUUAGCAUUUUAAAUUAUUCUUUCAACUCUUAAUUUUAUGCAAAAAGACUUUGUUUAUUGAUAUAAUUUAAUAUUGGUAUGGUCGAGCUCAUAAAAUUAUAUAACCACAUUUUUAAUUGUAUCCUUGCAAGACUAUGUGCAUUUAUGCAAUUAAAUAAGUAUUUAUGAUGUCGACUGUAUCUUUCUUAUGCAUUUUUAAUUUUACACUAAUUGUAAAACAUUUACCAUUUAAACGUUCCUAGAUAGAUUAUUUUGUCAUAUUUUAUGUAAUGUUUAAUUAAGAAUAAGAUUAAAUCAUAGAUAUAAGUUAAUGUUGACAAUAAUAUAUAGUUAUUUUAAACGUUUAUGUACAUUUCAAUUAUUUACGCCAGUUAAAUGACAUAAUAAUAUAACAAAGUAGGUGAUAUAAUUAUGUAUUUUAAAAUGGUACAGUUUACAGUACAUUUGUUUCAAUUAAGUUUUUUCAUGAAUAUUAUAAUUAUUAAUAUAAAAUAUAUUGUAAGUUUUUAACAAAGUUUUAUUUUUAUAGAUUCUCUAAAGUCAAUGUUUUGUAAUUGUGUCGAUUUUUUUAUGUUAUUUCUACUCAAAGCUCACUUGCGAGCUAGUAGGAGAACAAAAGGGUCCCUUUUUUUUCUUUCCAUUCCGUUACUAUUUUUCAAUCACUGUAGGUAUGUCGGUAACGGAAUGGAAGAAACGAAAAAUGUACAACUAUUAAGAACGAAAAAAGUCGUGAUUCUAAGUAGGAAUAAAUAUAAUAAAUAUUUGGGGACAAUCUUACAUGUGUAGUGCAUAAUUGUUUUCCAUCGUAUAUUCUCGGAAACGUUCGUAUUUGUAUGUAUAUGUAUAUACUUUAUUGUACAUAGAAAUAAAAACACGAAAAACACAGUUACAGGGUAAAUUAAAUACAACAAAGGCGAACUUAUCCCUGUAUGGGAUCUCUUCCAGUUAACCUUUGAGGUAAUGAGUAAAACAGAAGUAACGGUGAAUGAAUGACAAACACAAACAAAAGUGUACAAUCACUGAAUUUAAUGAAAUGCACGUUUUGAAUACACAUUGAUAGAAAUAUACACAGAAACAUAAAAAAAAUAAAAAAUAUUCAAUAUAUAAUAUAAAUAGAUAUGAAUUCGAACCAGAAAAGUAAAGGAAAUUAAAAAAGUAGAAGUACUCAAUGGAACUAGGAAGUCGUAACCAAAGUAUCGGAAAGCCAUUUUGUCAUGCUACUUCUGGCAACCUCAGUACUUUUUGUACCGAGAAAGCAAGCCACGUUCGUAAUUUGCCGUGAAAAUACGAUGGAUAAUAAUUAUGCACUACAUCUAUCUGUAAAAAAAUAAAAAUAAAUGAGCUAAUGAAUAUUACAGUAAAAUGAAUGGGGCAAAUUAUUAUUAGUAAAUUCGUUAUUGCACCGCCGUUUGUGCGACAAAAAGUGUCCUCGAUAUAUUCGUCCCCGUCAGCCCGCCAGUAGUCUUUCUAAACUGGCCAGUAACCUAUGAAGCAAAACUUGUGAGUACAAUUUCCUGUGCUAAAUGCAAAUGGCUAAAUUUCCUCAUUUGCGGUUUGUGUGCAUUCUAAUUUGAUUUUCGUGUUCUUUGUGAUUUGAUAUUCAGUUCUUGGAAUAGCGGUCUACAUAUAAAGUACCUAAAUAUUUUCGUACAGCCUACGGUUCUAGAAUUUCUAGAUUACCUCAUUACAUGUCAAAAUAUGUAUGUUAUUAUAUGUCGAAACACAUGUAGAAGGCAAGUCGUUCAAGUACUUUACGACAAUUUGAUAUAUGGAUGAAUUUAUUAAACAUAUCCGAAUUAUAUGCUUAUCAUAUAAUUUCAGAGGAUUUGGUUCUGCGAAAAAAUUGUUUAAUGCUACAGUUAACAAAGUGCAAAUAAUAGGUAUUUGCACGUCCAAUUUUUUAUAAUUGUUUUUAUAGUACCAGGUAUUUCGAAUAAAUAUACUUAACAUUUAUUUCGAACCCCCCGAGUCUGUACGAGAUACACAUAAAUUACCGUGCACAGUUUGAUAUUAUCCCGACCGGCCACUACCAGAACAACGACAAUGACCGUGACUAAAAUCACUAACAUAAUACAGAAAGUGACCAUAGCAACAGGAUGCUUCCAUGCUAAUAUUAGAAUCUUGGAGAAUAGGAUGAUUGGGCCUAGUUUAACUCGAAAUUGUAACAGUGAACGUCAAUUUUCGUCACUCAGUGAGAAUAACAACCUAAAAACUUCUAGGCUACAUAUAUAGGGCACUAAUUCUAAUGUUUUACUUAUAAAUCGGGCAGAAGUAGUAGAGUCUGUGAUAUUGAAUCAUAAUCAGCUAUUACAUAUAGGUAGUUACAGAGUAAUGUUGCACAAAUAUUGCCCAUACAUACAUAUACUCGUAGAUGUGGUUUUGUUUCAAACAUAAAAUUAUCUUUACGUUGACUUUUUGGUUAUGCGUUGCCUGAUUUAAGUUAUUAUGUUUUGUAUAAUUAAUAUUAUAAUAUUAAAUGUUAAUUAUAUUUUGACUUUCAAUAUCUAAGAUACAUAAUGCCUUCCCAACGAGGGGCGGCGAAGCCAGGCAGUAUAGUUUGGUCAAAAUCAAAUCAGAUCAAAUAGGACUUUCUGUGUAGUCUUAAAGGUAGGCAAACUUCGGCAGGUCCGUUAUGAAAUUGCGCUCUAUUUGAUGUGUACAAUAGGUACAAUGUUAUUUUUAUGAAAAUAAGGUGCAACAUUGAACUAUUUUUGAUUGUGAGUUUUUGAAAAUGCUGGUAAUUAAGAGACAAUUUCAACAUAAUUUGAUAUUACUUACUACAUAUUCGCGCGAGGUGUAAAUUAUUUUAUUUUACAAAAUCUCUAAUUAUUUUUAUAAAUAUGACUUCAGAUUGAAGAAUCUAUAGUUUUAUUAGACAAAAAGUAAAGAAACGAAAAGGUUCUUGAUAUGGAUCAAAUUUUUACACGCAUUCAUCAAGGGCAGUUGCCGUGUUCCGUUUUAUCAACUAUUCCAGUGAAUCGCAUAAAUGAAUAAAAAAUUACUUAUUUAACUCGCUUAAAUUAAAUAUUUUAAUAUUUAAUGCAUUCGCUAAUGUAGUUUUUCUUUGAAAAUAUUACUGCAGUGUGUAACAAAAAAAAAAGACAACUCAGCGAUUUGUCAAUUCAUAAAUUUAAGAUGAAACAGAAAAAAACGUAGGUAAACUUGAAUGCAAUAAGGUUAUCGGAAAACCAUUUAAUGUAAACGCGAUACGGCUUGUGAUUCUUGUGCAACUAAUCUAAUAAAACUGGUAGGUACUUCAUCUGUCGUAUGGAUACAAAGCAUUAUCGAAUGUCAUAACUCAUACAUAUGUAUUACGUACCAGUAAUUAUGUGUGAGUAAUGUAAAUUAUGAUAAGUUCCUAUAUUACUGUAAUCAAAAUACUGCAUUCAUCCUUUGUUGUAGGUGGACUGGCCACCUAACGAAAAUACAAUAAUUAAGUUUUAUGCGUAUAAAUAUUACGUUUUGCAAUAUUAUUAAAAAUAAAAUUAAGGUUCCUACCUCAUGAUUUUAUAUGUUAUAUUCUGUUUUACUUAACUAAUUAAGAAUAAUGCUAAGUAUCCUGCGCAAACGAUUAUUUGUAUCAACAUCUCAUCGUUGAUGAUGUAACGGUAUACAAAGGUUAUCGUUCUCUAGCCAACCGGGGCCAUGUUCUCUAACGUGCAAUGGAUAUAUUAAAAUAAUUUACAGUACAUAUAGGGCUACUUUAUAGCACUAGUGCGAGAAGUAGCAUAUUAUGUUACUGUGUCGAACAUUUAAAGGGCCAUAUGUACUGUAAAACGUUGUACGAUACAUGUGCGAAUAGGUAAUUCGCAACUCGUGUCGAUUUAAAACACUCCCUUCGGUCGUGUUUUAAUUUAUCGCCACUCGUUUCGAAUUUCCUAUUUUUCGCACUUGUAUCGUAAUGUACUAAUUGAAAAUACAUUUGUAGCUUAUGUUACUUAUGUACGCUCUUAAGCUCAGCCCGCGUAGCCAACAUGCCAAUAGUUAACGCACCGUAGCGUAGCGUAUAGUUAUGUUUCGUUCGCUACGGAGCGUUAACGAUUGGCAUGUUGGCUACGCAGGCAGCUACAAUUAGUUGCAUUAAGCCUGGCGCACUAAUAUUGUUAUUUAAUUGUUAUUCAAUUUUAGUUUCUGAACAUGGCCCCUGGCAUUCUAUUUAAGUAUCAUAAUGUUUGACUUCACCCUACAUUCGACAUCGCUUUUUAAAUUUAUUAUAGCUGUUACUUCUGUAAUACUAUUGUUUAAUGUUUAUUAAGUUUGUAAACAUUGAUAGUUUUAAGGAUAUUUUGUAUACGUUUUAUUUUAUGAAAUAAUGAAUAUGUAAUAUGCUAACUAUCCGGAGAAUACAAUGUUAUAUUUUAACUUAGGUAUGCAGAGUGAAUCAGACAAAUAUAUAAUAUUUUGAAUAGCAGCCGAGUGAUAAAACAUAUUUUAUUAUUGUUACAUUUAUCACUACAUUAUCUAAGUUAAGUAGCUAGCGAAAACAAUGUGUAGAGAAUUAUAUCGAAUUGUCAAUUAAACCUUAUAUUUUUAGAACUACCAAACGCAAUAAAAUAUUUUCAAGAGUACAAA